GCAAACCCAAACCCAAACCCAAACCCAAACCCAAACCCAAACCCAAACCCAAACCCAAACCCAAACCCAAACCCAAACCCAAACCCAAACCCAAACCCAAACCCAAACCCAAAUCCAAACCCAAACCCAAACCCAAACCCAAACCCAAACCCAAACCCAAACCCAAACCCAAACCCAAACCCAAACCCAAACCCAAACCCAAACCCAAACCCAAACCCAAACCCAAACCCAAACCCAAACCCAAACCCAAACCCAAACCCAAACCCAAACCCAAACCCAAACCCAAACCCAAACCCAAACCCAAACCCAAACCCAGAACUAAAAAUAGAAUUCUUCUAAACCCAACCUUCAAACCCUAG